ACUCGCGUCAGGGGAGCUUGUGGGCGAAUCCCCUUCUAAGCGCGCACGAUUAUUUAAAAAACGUAGUAAACAAAUGAAUAAUAUUAGCCAUUCGACGUACAGGUUUACGAACGUAAUUCGAUAAUGGAUAAAUUCGAGUGAUUUGAAAACGGUAUUAUAAAGAAAUCUGUGAAGUUUGACGUUGUACGGAUAAAUCUGUUGAAACUUACGGCGGGAAAAGUUGUUCGUUUGAAAACAAAAGAAACGAAAACCGAACAAGACGUAGUAUCUUUUUAUUUUUGUGUCCAAUAUUUAUUUUCGUUUUUCGGCUCAUAUUUUGCGCAAAUAUGAUUAUGACCGUGAAGUUUUUACUGAUGGUUGUUGGGCUGGCAGGAAACCGUUGCUAUGGAGCACCAGCCAGCGUGACGGACGCUGUCCUGCUGGGUGAGAUCGACAUAAUGACCGACGACGAGGUUGAAAUAUCGACUGAAGAACCUGUACCAAAAAAGUGUUACUUUGGGGGAACGACCUACACCCAUAGUCAAACGAUACCAACGAGUGAUCCGUGUUCGCAUUGCCUCUGCGUUGCCGGUGAAGUUUAUUGCUGGUGGCAGGACUGCCUUCUCCACUCGGAACCGGAAGACUUUGAGAACUUUGACGGAAGCUUAAAGAGCACCGAGAUUCCGGGGGCUUUUUUAAGCGUAAACUCGUCCCUCGGCACUGCUGCGACCUUAGAAGCGGAUGACAACGAAACAAUGACAACCGAGAGUUCGGAAUUAGCGGCUCAAAUCAUCGAAGAAGAGGGAUACAUGGAUGUAAAUUCAACAUAUCAAGACUUUGGCACCCAGAGCACACUUCCGACGACCUGCGUCGUUAUGGGUGUGGAGUACAAGGAAGGUGAAGCGCUGCCACAUUCGACCGGAAAUUGCGUGCAAUGCGGCUGCGGAGCCGCUGGUCGGGUCGAAUGUUCCCCGCAGGACUGCGUCCCGCUAUUGCAGCCUCCUUCAGGAGCUGGGGUCGAUCUAUCCAGAGGAAUGGACGAGAUUUUUUAGACAGGAUUUUGGCGGUUUGAUGAUGAUGAUGAGAGAUUUUAAACCGUGAAGAAAUCAGCAUUCAAUAUGCGGCAGAAUAUGAAAUCUGUAUGGAAAAUUGUAAGUAAUAAAUAGGAAGAGAAAAAACGCCCUUUUUCCAUUCCUGUUCGAUAAUUAUGAGGAACUGUAUUACAGCAAAAUUGCAGCCACUGAAACAAAUUUGUGGAUAAAUGAUACGAGAAUUUAAAUUUCACUAAUAUUGAGUGUGCACAGGUAUAAUACGCAUAAUGAAACGUAUUUAAAAAUAUGAUGAAAAUAAAUGUUAAAACCUAGUCUAAUAAUAUGCGAUACACAUACUGAUACAUACGUAAAUACCUAAAUAGAUAAUUCGUAGAGUGUAGAAACGUCUAGCCUAGAUUUUUUUAACACCAGGAAAAAAAAACAAGAAAAAAAAAACGACAUAAAGAUGAAACGAAAAAGAAAAACGAGACAAGUGCAGGAUAAUAUGAUCGAAUUUUUAGAAAAUCCUUUUGACUUUUGACUUUUGAGACCUGUAGCAUGUAUUAUAAUAUUAUACAUACGUAUGUAAUAUGAUCGAUGCGAAUGAAAAUUUUACCCAUAUCAUGAUCCCAUAUCGUAAUUUACCUAUCGUGUGCAAUACGCAUUUACGUAUACAUAUAAUAUACAUGUGCAACAAAAACAUGUUAUGCGGUAUGUCUAGAAUUAUAUUGAAUUACGUUUACGAAUUAGUGUUUACUUGAUCCAAAAUAGUUUGAAUAGAUUUGAAUAUUUAUAACAUAUCUGCAUUUUGUUUCAUGGUUAACUUCGUUAUUAUAUUUAUAGUUGCUGCGAACGCCGCAUGAACUUUGUAAUAAUAACCUUUAUCAUUUUAUGAUCAAAAUACUCGUUGGAAAGUUAAAUUCAGACAUUAAAUUUAAAGAAUAAUUAUAUGUAUACAAUAAUGAUAACACUACGAGUAUAUUAUAGUACCAACAUAACAAAGUUGUAUUAGAAAUUUACAUUCAUUAUAUAGUGUUAAAUAUAUAUAUUAUAUAUAUUGAUAUAAUAGCAUAUUAUAAAUAUAUACAGACAUACUGAGAACCAACUAUCAAUAAUAAUAAUUAAAUUAACAGUAAUAACGAUGAAUGAUAAUUAACUAUUGGUUGCAUGAAGUAGAUCAGCCUGGGUAUUUUUUUCCAUCCAACUUUACCAAAUUCUUAAUUGCAAUUAACUCGAUGAAUUUUCGUACUAUAGAAGGAAAUAAAUUAUUCGGCAGAAAAAUGCUACAGCUCUGAAAUGACUACCGAUAUGAUAAAACAUUACUGAUCCGUUUCAUGCGAAAUAUUCAUAUACUCAAUAAAUAUACGUACACAGAAAAGUAUUAUAGUAUUUGGUGUGUAGAAAAAUGGAUAGGUGUAAUAACAUUAUAAAAUGGAAGUUAUAAAGUAUAUACACUAUAUUAUAUAAUAAUUCAUCAAUAUCAAAAUGACUAUCGUGGAUGAAAGAAAUCAUACAUACACAUAUGUUACAUACACACGUAUGAAACAUUAUCGUAAUAUGUACAUUUACAUAUUAUAAUACAUGACGUUGAAUGUUGUAGAGAACAGGAAACCUAGUAAAAUACCAAAGUAUUCGAUAGGUAGACUCAAAUGUGAUAUAUACACACACUACUUGCCACGAAAAAAAAAAAAAAAAAAACGAAAAGGGAAGAAAAAAAAGAAUAACUUUUAUCUGACAAUUUACAAA